GGUUCUUUCCCUCAGGGAUACCAGUGCGAGUUUCAAAGGCGCCUUGCUGCCCUUGCAGCUAAUCACCGUCAAGGAGAACCCAUAACUGAACCCGAUGAGCUGAAGGAGCAUAGACAGUAUGAUGCCAUCAGGACCACCAAUAUGGACGAGCCCCCUAGGUCGCUAGGGCCGCCCUAGGCUUUGGUGACGAUAUCAACGCACAGCAUCCCCACUAGUGCAUCAUGAAAAACAAACAGCCCGAGGACGAGUGCAGAAGGGACAAGUGAAAACCGUAUCCAGGCUUCGGGCUCCUGGCUGCAGUCAGUCUAAGGGUUUCGACUGCUAGAAACAAUGCGAUUCUCAAUAUAUAGUUACACACCUAGCAAUCUAUCGGGAAAGUUGGCUUCAACCAGCUGCCUUUUUCAUGGUCUUUUGUAUCUACCCAGACAUUUCGAAUCCGCACAAUCACCUCACGGGUCAAUUUAGAUAUGUAUAUUUGUCCCUCAUCCAGGAUAUCCUUUUUCUCACUGGUUUAUUGAAGAAGGGUUGUUGAAUGAUCCGGAUUAGAAAUGCCAAUAUAUACAUACACUCUUCUUAUCCACAGUAUGCUGAUGGGUUUUCUUUGGGGGAAAAAAAAAAAAAAAAACUUUAAGAAAACUUAUCACAUUCAUCAGACAACAUAACCUACCAUUGGGUGUUGCAUGGCUCAAAAGGACCCUGGAGAGUGGCAUUCUCUUGAGCGGUUUCUGGGGUACCUGCUCUAGAUCUGAAACAUAAUCCUAUAUGAACAGCAGCCAAGAGUGACAGAAAUGAUUGACUAAACGAUUUUUUGCAUGGUUUGUGUUGUGGAAUAUGCAGGUGGAAUACAACCUAGCCAUUCAAGCAUUAUUAGGUUGCAGUUAAUCUGUACAUACAUAUCGAUAUAUGUAUGUAACACUCAACUGAUUUUUAUCCGUGGAUUUCAGCAUAUAUAAUAAUCUAAAACUAUUCUACGGCCACACUCUUCUCCUCUUCUGAUAAGUUAAAAAAUACUCAAUCUAAAUAUUGUGGAACAGAAUUGGAUAUUAGUGAAUGAUAUGUAUUUUAUUAGAUGUGUAUGACACUCAACUGUGUGUCUAGCAACAUCAGAAAUGCACCGCGAUACUACCACCCCCAAAUACCCCCCCCUUCCCUUGCCCCCCACGCCGUGGAGAGACGAGGGCGCCACAGUAUUACAUUAACGUUACUCCAUACAAAUGACAUACAAUGAGCUGAACGUGAAAAUACUUAUCGCUCACGUCCCGGCUGAUGGGCUCAACUGUCACCACGGGCGGAAGAUGUAGGAAGAUCCAACAUGUAUUACGCUGCGUAGAGAUAGAUAGAGACGGGAGGGGAGGGCUUGUGAGGACAGAUCCUUACGAGCUCACCGGAGGACCGGACGCUUGUGUAUUUUAUAUUAUUAUUAUUAUUAUUCUGACGGAAGCCGGCGGGCAUAUAGGAAUUAUAAAAAUCAGGAUUUUACUGUGUACAGUACUGCGUAAAUACACGAGGCGGAUAUUGAUAUGGCCGCAAGAAAAAGAAAAAAAUUGGUUGAGGUGGAGAACCAACAGAAGCUGUAACCGUAUUACGGCGAGUAUGACGGUGGCCCAGUGAAGCAGGUGCGUUAGGCUGUAUAUCUUGGCGGUAAUAUGGUACUGGUAAUACGGGAUCUCAAAGCGAGGAAAUUUUGGCCUUGGGACCUUAACUUUUUUCUGUCUUCUUGUUUUCAAUCAUAAUCUUUUCUUUUUGCUCUCCGCUUGUCUCCUCCCUCUCUUCUUCUCUCCUCCCUCCGCAAUUACUUUCAUAUCUCACUGCUAGCUUUCCCUGUCUUAUCUCUCGUCAAUCAUUGAGAUCUCUUUCUCUUUCCCCUUCAUUCCCCAUGGCUACAUCUCUCAGACUGGGGAGCUCUGCUCUCCGCUCCUCCUUUGUUUCCAAACCCGCUGUCCAGUCUGCCGCCUUCAAUAGCUUGAGAUGCUAUUCCUCUGCUAAGACUAAGUCGCUCAAAGAUACCUUCGCCGAUAUCAUCCCAGCUGAGAUCGAGAAGGUCAAGAAGCUGAGAAAAGACUAUGGAGACAAGGUUAUUGGUGAAGUCACUCUUGGCCAGGUCUACGGAGGUGCUCGGGGAGUCAAAUCCCUUGUCUGGGAGGGAUCCGUCCUCGAUCCUGAGGAGGGAAUUCGCUUCCGGGGCAAGACUAUCCCGGAAUGCCAGAAACUACUUCCCAAAGCCCCUGGUGGAGAGGAGCCUCUGCCAGAAGGUCUUUUCUGGCUUCUUUUGACCGGCGAGGUCCCAAGUGAACAACAGGUCCGCGCCCUAUCCGCAGAUUGGGCUGCCCGCUCCGAUAUCCCCAAGUUCAUUGAGGAGCUGAUCGACCGCUGCCCAUCCACUCUGCACCCAAUGGCCCAAUUCUCCCUAGCCAUCACUGCUCUUGAGCACGAGUCCGCCUUCGCCAAGGCCUACGCCAAGGGUAUCAACAAGAAAGACUACUGGACAUACACCUUCGAGGACUCCAUGGACCUGAUUGCCAAGCUGCCCACCAUCGCCGCCAAGAUCUAUCGCAACGUGUUCAAGGAUGGAAAAGUUGCCCCCAUUCAGAAGGAUAAGGAUUACGGUUUCAACUUGGCCAAUCAGCUUGGCUAUGGUGACAACAACGACUUCGUUGAGCUGAUGCGCCUGUACCUGACCAUCCACUCCGACCACGAGGGUGGAAACGUCAGCGCUCACACCACUCACUUGGUUGGAAGCGCCUUGAGCUCUCCUAUGCUUUCUCUUGCUGCUGGCCUUAACGGCCUCGCUGGUCCUCUCCACGGAUUGGCCAACCAGGAAGUCUUGACCUGGCUUAUGGAGAUGAAGAAAGCCAUUGGCAAUGACCUCAGUGACCAGGCCAUUAAGGAUUAUCUGUGGUCCACACUGAACGCGGGUCAAGUUGUUCCCGGCUACGGCCAUGCCGUCCUCCGCAAGACUGACCCACGCUACACCUGCCAGCGUGAAUUUGCUCUCCGCAAGCUUCCCGAUGACCCUAUGUUCAAGCUGGUCAGCCAAGUUUACAAGAUCGCGCCUGGCGUUCUGACCGAGCAUGGCAAGGUCAAGUCGCCAUAUCCCAACGUCGACAGCCACUCAGGCGUCCUCCUUCAAUACUAUGGCUUGACUGAGGCCAAGUAUUACACUGUGCUCUUUGGUGUCUCCCGAGCCCUCGGCGUGCUCCCACAGCUGAUUAUCGACCGCGCGCUGGGAAUGCCAAUUGAGCGACCCAAGAGCUUCAGCACUGAGGCAUAUGCCAAGCUCGUGGGAGCCCAACUGUAAGAUAAUAAACGGAUAGAAAAAAGGUAUAGGCUGGGUUCGUGGUGAUUUGCCACUUUGUAUUUUUGGGAGUUUCUGUUCGUUUCCUUUUCUUUCUUUCUUUCUUUUUUUUUGUGGUUAAUAAAUUUAAAUUCUAAAUUCAAUUAUUUGCUAUAUACACUGCGAUCCACGAGGAGCUUGUAGUUUUCGCUAAGUAAAAUUUCUGAUGAAUGUAGCCAACCGGGUUAAGAGAGUACAUGGUAGAAAUGAUCCUUGAUGGUGUCAUUUUAUAUAAAAGAGGUAAAGUGAAUGCGUGCGGGAAAAGCAACAACCCCUUCAGUAGAGCACUCUACAUUACAACUAUUUUCUAUU